AUGAGGCCCGCCGUGACUCUGGCCUCUCGCACGAUCCAGCGUCGUCUGGCUUCGUCGGCUACCCGCACCUACCAGUACUCUGCACAGCACCAGGCCGAUUGGGGCAAGCAGCUUCGCAGGGUCAGCGUCCAGAUUCCGACUUACGCGGUUGGAAUCAGCAUGAUGCUCGGCUGGCCCAUGGCGAUCCGGUACGGCGAGGAGCAGUGGGCUUUGCGACAGUGA